UGGAGAGCUGCCGCGGGCCGAGACUUUAAAUCGCCUUCAUUUCCCCCAAAUCCUUCCUUUUCCUCUCCUCCCCCAGGCCGGCGGGGAGGCAGCUUCCACCGCCCUCCGCGCGCCCUCGCCCGGCCUCACUCUGCCUCCAGGGACCGCCGGCAGCCCGCCUCCAAAAGUUGGAUCAUUUUUCUCUCUCUCUUCUUGCUUCUUCCCUUUCGGUGGAAGCAGCAAAAGAGCGAGGCAGGGGCGAGCGCGCCGCCGGGACUCCUGGGACCAUGGGCCUGGCGCGGGCGCCCGCGGGGCCCCAGCCGCGCUGCCCGCCUGCUUGGGCGCUCCUGGGCGCCGGGCUGCGCUGGGGGCGCGGGGGCCGCGCGCUCUGAGCCGGCCUGGCGCGGCGGGGCGGGGGGCUGGCGGCCCCAUGGGGCGCGCCCACAGUUGCCCCCUGGACUCGCGAGCAUGAAGUAGGGGCCUGCCAUGGGCGCGGGAUUGGCACCGGGGGCCCGAGGCACAGCUGCGGCGGAGGCACGCGGGGGGGGUUUUCUCGUUGCCUGGAUCUUGGUCUCGUUUGCCUGUCACCUGGCCUCCGCCCAAGGAGCUCCUGAAGAUGUGGACGUCCUCCAGCGGCUGGGCCUCAGCUGGACCAAGGUGGGGGCCGGCCGGAGCCCUGCGCCCUCGGGAGUCAUUCCCUUCCAGUCGGGCUUCAUCUUCACGCAGCAGGCCCGGCUCCAGGCCCCCACGGCUGCCGUCAUCCCCGCCGCCCUGGGCACGGAGCUGGCGCUGGUGCUCAGCCUCUGCUCCCACCGGGUGAACCAUGCCUUCCUGUUCGCCGUCCGCAGCCGGAAGCACAAGCUGCAGCUGGGCCUGCAGUUUCUCCCUGGCAAGACGGUCGUCCACCUGGGGCCCCGGCGCUCCGUGGCCUUCGACCUGGACGUGCAUGAUGGCCGCUGGCACCACCUGGCCCUGGAGCUGCGUGGCCGCACGGUCACCCUGGUGACGGCCUGCGGGCAGCGCCGCCUGCCUGUCCCGCUGCCGUUCCGCAGGGACCCGGCGCUCGACCCUGGGGGUGCCUUCCUGCUGGGAAAGAUGAGCCCCCGUUCGGUCCAGUUUGAAGGUGCCCUGUGCCAGUUCAGCAUCCACCCCGUGUCGCAGGUCGCUCACAAUUACUGCAGCCAUCUGAGAAAGCAGUGUGUACAGGCUGACGUGUACCGGCCCCAGCUGGGACCCCUUUUCCUCCGAGACUCAGCAAGAACCUUCGCCUUCCACACUGACCUGGCCCUGCCAGGCAUGGAGAACUUGACCACUGCCACGCCAGCCCUGGGGCCACGGCCAGCAGGCAGGGGACCCAAGGUGACUGUGGCACCUGCCACACCCCCCAAGCCCCUAAGGACUAGCUCCAUAGACCUUGGCAAGCAUGUCACAGCUGGAGGCCCAGCUUGGACCACACCGCCACCUGCCAAGCAGUGGGCCAGCAGAGCGCUUCCCUCCGCACCUCCGGCCCCCCGAGCCUCUGUGGCUGGCUCCACCAGAGCUUCUCGGCCUGCCACUGCCCAACCAUUGCCACACAUCACAGCUCCCAGAACCCCCCCGAGUCUCUCCUCCAAGCCUUCACCCCCUUCAUCAGUGCCCCCCACCAAAAGCCCCCGUUCUGCCCCCAAGACGGCUCUGCCUUCACCCAUGCAGUCCACCCCACCCGCCCAGAAGCUGGCACCACCUACUUCCCACCCACUUCCUGCCAGAGUCCCCCGUCCAUCAGAGAAGUCAAUGCAGAGGGCCCCCGUGACGCCUCGGCCUCCAACCCCCAGCACCCGGCCCCUACCUCCCACCGCAGGCAGCUCUACAAAACCCAGUCCCCCAGGAGCCCAGACUGAGCCCAGGAUGCCCAGUCGUGCCAGCAAGCCGGCCCCCGCCCUCACCAGCACCCACAAACCUCCCCAGCCCACUGCUUCGCCUCCAUCUCCUUCCUCUGGCUCUGGCUACACCAGGGUCCCUGGGCCGCCAGCCACGGCAGUGCCCCCCACCUCUGGCAUCAGAAUUCCCAGAACAACACUGCCUCCCACCGUCACGCCCAGCCCAGCCUCUGCUGGAAGCAAGAAGCCCACCGGCUCAGAAGCCUCAAAGAAAGCCGGCCCCAAGAGCAGCUCCCCGGAGCCCGACCCCUUCAGACCAGGGAAGGCAGCCAGGGACGCCCCGCUGAACGACCCGAGCACCAGGCCCGGCCCCAGGCAGCCCCAGCCCAGUCGGCAGACCACUCCGGCCCUGGCCAUGACCCCGGCCCUGGCCGUGGCCCCAGCGCGACUCCUGUCUUCCCCAAGCCGUGACUAUCCCUUCUUCCACCUGGCGGGACCAACGCCCUUCCCCCUGCUGAUGGGGCCUCCCGGGCCCAAGGGAGACUGUGGCUUCCCGGGUCCCCCUGGGCUGCCUGGGCUGCCUGGCCCCCCUGGUGCCCGAGGGCCACGGGGUCCUCCUGGGCCUUAUGGAAAUCCAGGCCUUCCUGGUCCUCCUGGAGCCAAAGGACAGAAAGGGGACCCGGGGCUGUCACCAGGAAAGGCCCAUGAUGGGGCCAAGGGUGACGUGGGCUUGCCUGGGCUCGUCGGGAAUCCAGGACCUCUGGGACGCAAGGGCUACAAGGGCUAUCCUGGACCAGCGGGGCACCCUGGAGAACAGGGGCAGCCGGGACCUGAGGGCAGCCCAGGGGCCAAAGGUUACCCUGGCAGGCAGGGACUCCCCGGACCAGUAGGAGACCCUGGCCCCAAAGGCAGUCGGGGCUACAUUGGACUCCCAGGGCUCUUCGGCCUGCCAGGGUCUGAUGGAGAGCGGGGCCUACCUGGCGUUCCUGGCAAGAGGGGCAAGAUGGGUAGGCCGGGCUUCCCUGGAGACUUUGGGGAAAGAGGCCCUCCCGGACUGGAUGGAAACCCUGGGGAGCUGGGCCUGCCAGGGCCCCCAGGAGUCCCCGGCCUCAUUGGUGACAUGGGAGCGUUGGGUCCAAUUGGCUACCCAGGACCCAAGGGUGUGAAGGGGCUGAUGGGCAGCGUGGGGGAGCCCGGACUGAAAGGUGAUAAGGGUGAACAAGGGCUUCCAGGUGUGUCGGGAGAUCCCGGCUUCCAAGGAGACAAGGGGAGCCAGGGGUUGCCAGGGUUCCCAGGUGCACGGGGGAAGCCAGGGCCUCUGGGCAGAGUUGGAGACAAAGGAUCUCUCGGGUUUCCUGGGCCCCCUGGCCCCGAGGGCUUCCCAGGAGACAUUGGGCCCCCUGGGGACAAUGGCCCAGAAGGCAUGAAGGGUAAGCCUGGAGCUCGAGGCCUGCCAGGACCCCCUGGACAGCUGGGGCCCGAGGGAGAUGAGGGCCCCAUGGGACCACCAGGGGUCCCGGGCUUGGAGGGUCAGCCUGGCAGGAAGGGAUUUCCUGGGAGGCCUGGUCCAGAUGGCUUAAAGGGGGAACCAGGCAAUCCUGGACGGCCGGGGCCCGUGGGCGAGCAGGGACUUAUGGGAUUCAUCGGGCUGGUCGGGGAGCCAGGAAUCGUGGGAGAAAAGGGUGACCGAGGCGUGAUGGGGCCUCCAGGGGCACCUGGACCCAAGGGGGCGAUGGGUCAUCCUGGAACGCCAGGUGGUGUUGGGACACCCGGAGAGCCUGGACCCCCAGGUCCUCCGGGGUCACGAGGCCCGCCAGGCCCCAGGGGCACCAAGGGACGCCGGGGCCCCCGAGGACCAGAUGGACCAACUGGGGAGCAGGGGUCCAGGGGCCUGAAGGGUCCUCCAGGACCACAGGGCAGACCGGGCCAGCCUGGACAGCAGGGUGCGGCUGGAGAGCGAGGCUACUCGGGCGCACGAGGCUUCCCUGGCAUCCCAGGCCCCUCCGGCCCGCCUGGCACCAAGGGCCUCCCUGGAGAACCGGGCCCUCAGGGACCCCAGGGGCCAGUAGGCCCUCUGGGAGAGAUGGGACCCAAGGGGCCGCCGGGUGCAGUGGGAGAACCAGGCCUUCCUGGGGAAGCCGGGAUGAAGGGUGACCUUGGACCCCUGGGCACCCCUGGGGAGCAGGGCCUUGUUGGGCAGCGGGGAGAGCCUGGCCUGGAAGGUGACAGCGGCCCCAUGGGGCCCGACGGGCUAAAGGGGGACAGGGGUGACCCUGGGCCUGAUGGUGAACGUGGUGAGAAAGGCCAGGAAGGGCUGAAGGGCGAGGAGGGCCCCCCUGGCCCCCCUGGCAUCACCGGAGUCCGGGGACCUGAAGGAAAGGCGGGGAAGCAAGGCGAGAAGGGCCGGACAGGGGCCAAGGGUGCCAAGGGCUACCAAGGACAGCUGGGCGAGAUGGGUGUCCCUGGAGACCCUGGAGUCCCUGGCAUGCCAGGCCCCAAAGGCUCCCGGGGCAGCCUGGGACCAACGGGUGCUCCAGGACGGAUGGGGGCCCAAGGAGAGCCAGGACUGCCUGGUUACGAUGGACACAAAGGCACUGUGGGACCCCUCGGACCUCCUGGACCCAAAGGUGAAAAGGGCGAGCAGGGCGACGAUGGUAAGGCCGAGGGGCCCCCUGGGCCGCCCGGAGAUCGGGGCCCUGUGGGUGACCGAGGAGACCGCGGGGAACCGGGGGACCCUGGAUACCCCGGUCAGGAAGGUGUACAAGGCCUCCGAGGAAAGCCCGGCCAGCAGGGCCAGCCCGGGCAUCCGGGACCCCGGGGGCGGCCGGGACCCAAAGGAUCGAAGGGUGAAGAGGGACCAAAGGGAAAGCCAGGCAGGGCCGGGUCGCCAGGCCGGAGGGGGCUCCAGGGCUUGCAGGGGCUGCCAGGGCCCAGGGGCGUGGUGGGGAGACAGGGCCCUGAGGGCGUCGCGGGACCAGAUGGGUUUCCUGGCAGGGACGGUCGAGCUGGACAGCAGGGGGAGCAGGGGGACGAUGGGGACCCUGGCCCUGUGGGCCCCGCUGGGAAGAGAGGAAAUCCAGGCGUGGCCGGCUUGCCUGGAGCACAGGGACCCCCGGGAGUCAAGGGUGAAAGCGGGCUCCCCGGGCAGCUGGGACCCCCUGGCAAGCGAGGGACAGAGGGCGGAACCGGACUUCCUGGGAGCCAAGGGGAGCCUGGUUCCAAAGGCCAGCCGGGCGACACUGGCGAGAUGGGCUUCCCGGGAAUGGCUGGCCUCUUCGGGCCCAAGGGCCCCCCUGGAGACAUCGGCUUCAAAGGCAUCCAGGGCCCGCGGGGGCCUCCUGGCUUGAUGGGCAAGGAAGGCAUCGUCGGGCCCCUCGGGAUCCUGGGACCUUCAGGACUCCCGGGUCCGAAAGGGGACAAAGGCAGCCGGGGAGACUUGGGAUUGCAAGGUCCGAGGGGUCCUCCCGGCCCGAGAGGACGGCCUGGCCCACCGGGUCCUCCAGGGGGUCCUAUCCAGUUUCAGCAAGAUGACCUUGGGGCAGCUUUCCAGACGUGGAUGGACACCGGUGGAGCACUCAGAGCGGAGAGUUACAGCCCCUCGGACCGCCUGGUGCUGGACCAGGGAGGGCAGAUCUUCAAAACCUUACACUACCUCAGCAACCUCAUCCAGAGCAUUAAGACGCCGCUGGGCACCAAGGAGAACCCCGCCCGGGUCUGCCGGGACCUCAUGGACUGCGAGCAGAAGAUGGUGGACGGUACCUACUGGGUGGACCCAAACCUCGGCUGCUCAUCCGACACCAUCGAAGUCUCCUGCAACUUCACGCACGGUGGACAGACAUGUCUGAAGCCCAUCACGGCCUCCAAGGUGGAGUUUGCUGUCAGCCGGGUCCAGAUGAAUUUUCUGCACCUGCUCAGCUCCGAGGUGACGCAGCAUAUCACCAUCCACUGCCUGAACUUGACCGUGUGGCAGGAGGGCACCGGGCAGACCCCGGCCAAGCAGGCUGUGCGCUUCCGGGCCUGGAAUGGGCAGAUCUUUGAGGCUGGGGGUCCGUUCAGGCCAGAGGUGUCUGUGGACGGCUGCAAGGUCCAGGACGGCCGCUGGCAUCAGACGCUCUUCACCUUCCGGACCCAGGACCCCCAGCAGCUGCCCAUCGUGGGCGUGGACAACCUCCCGCCCUCCUCAUCAGGGAAGCAGUACCGCCUCGAAGUGGGACCCGCGUGCUUCCUCUGACCUCUGACCUCUGACCUCCAGCUCCUCCAGGCCUCCUAGGGGAGGGGAGGGGGGACAGGAGGAGAGUCAGAGGCAGGGUGGCUUGCAGGAGAGGCAGCCCCCUGCCCAAGCAUCCUGGGGCAGGCCCCAGCUAUGUUCUGCCCAGCAGGAGUGGGUAGGGGGUAGUGGGGAACGAGGUGUUCCUUGGAAACAGCCCAGCACAGCUUAGCCCCAAAGACCAACCAAAGAGCCAGCCAGAGCCAGCUGGGCCUGCAACCCGCCUGAACCCCGCGUGGCCCGUCCCAGCUCUGCGGCCAGCCCCUUCCCGCCCCAGAUUCCUGCCCAAAGAGCCCCAUGUUGAAGCCAACUCGAGGGAAGGGGGCAUCUCGUCAGCUGGUCCCAUGCCAGGGAGCUUUCGAUGUGCAAUAUUACAAAGAAGACAUGAAAAAAAAAGGAGAAAAGGAAAGAAAGACGUCUAUAUAUAUUAUUUAAACUAAAACGGAAGGUGCGGUACUACGUUCCUCACCUGGGGAGGGUGAGAGGCGGAGGAGGAGCAGCCAGGGUGGGAGGGGCGGGGCCUGGGGCUGGGGGUGCCUGUGUCUGCUACCUCCCACUGUGAACUCGCUGGUGCUCGCCAUUAUCUCUCGUAGUAUAUGUGAUUUUUUUUUUAAGAAAAAAAAAAACAAAAACCUUAUUUAAGAUUCUGAAGGUGCUACCGUCUUUGCUCCAGACUUGGACGACACGAUCCGAUGUGGGGCCUUGUCCACAUCUUGCUCUGUCCUCCAGGUGACAAUGUGUUGGGAAUUUUUUAUUUUCCUGGCGUCACCCUCCAUGCUUGUCAGGUAAUCUCUUAAGGAGGAAAAAAGAAAAGAAAAAAAGGAAAAAAAAAACUGCCAGAAACCAGAAGUAGAGAGAUUGACUUUUUUUUUUAACUUAUGGACUUGGGAAUGUCUGAUCUUUUACUACGCAUUUUUCGUGGCCUGCCGUGGUCCUGGGGGAGGGGGCGUGGCCUGGUAGAGCAGGCCUUACAGAAGUCCUGGGGGAAGGCUUGACCUUGAAGAACACAAGAGUGCCGAGUUGGGUCCGGGCUAGCCUCGAGCCCUCUGAAGCUGCCCCAGGUCCUCCUCUGUCCCAGAAGCCCUUGUGCCCCGAGUCAGUGGCCAUUCCAGCUUUUCCCUGUAGAAGCCUGUUGUCAUUAGCUCCGUGUGUACCUUUGGGCUGAGGAGACGAGAAUAACCCUGGGCCUUCCCGAGGUCCUUGUGAUAGCCACAUUCAGCUGUCACCCGAAUGCUACCCUGGCUUGCAUUCCGAGGUUAUGUCACCGAUGGCAUCGUUUUUAUGGAAGGGGGACAUUUCUGUGAAAGUCUCUAUUUGUGCAUUUCUCUUCCGUAGUUGUGUCCCUGGGGGACUUGGAUCUGGUUUUCAUUAUUUAAUACCUCACUCUGGCCCGCCCGCCGCCUCUCGGACCCCCGCUGUGGCCCUGGACGCUCCCCAGGGAAGCGCCCUUUUGCAGCUACCCACUCCCCCACGGCGUCGCCACCAGUGCCUGCCCGGCCUCUGUCUCGUGCUCGGAUUUUCUGCUGUCCUCGUUUUUCGUCUCUGUCCACAUGUCAGUGUGAUAACCCCCAUGGGUUCCAUUUCUCCUUUCUCUUCUGGAUUUUAAAUAAAUAUUUAAAACUGAGGCAAUGGAACGCCGUGUC